AUGGUGUAUCCUUGUGAGUGCACUCCUAAUCUAGAAACAUAUUUUUUAUCUAAUAACAAAUUGUUUGAAAUGAUAGGGAAAAGGCCGGACCGUUUUGGAAAGUUGUUUGCUUCUUAUAGUAAACUGCGUGUCAUCAACUUAGCAAACAAUCGUCUCGGAGAAAUUCCUAAACAUAUGUUCAAGCAUAACAAAGAACUUGUUAAAAUUGAUAUUUCUUUUAACCAACUUGAACAAUUACACUUUAAUUUGGUGGACUUGCAUUAUCUACGUGUUUUAGAUGUAAGUAACAAUAACAUAAAAGUACUAGACGAGAUAUCCAUUAACAAUCUUAAUGCAGUUCCCGGUGCAGGUUCGAACAUAUAUGUGGACGAGCAUUGUAUAGUCGUAAUGAAAUCAAAUCCAUUGCUUUGUUCAACAUGUGACUGCAAGUCGUCUAUCCAAUGGCUCCUUCAAUCAAUGGAGUUCCAUUUGGAACAACAGGCGUUGGUUUGCAUGUCCGAUGAUGGCACAUUUAGAAAAAUCGAAAAAUCGGUUGUAAAAAGAAUUCAGAAUAUAUGUAACAGAAAACUUGUCAUAAUUACAUCCACUGUUUGUAUAAUAGUUACUAUUAUAACGCUGUGUAUAAUUGGAAUAAUACUUCACCGAAGAAUGAGAAGGCUGAAGCGAAAGAGGAAGUUGAAAAAUGUUUUAGCCAGAUUGAAAGAAGGUGAGGGACAGUAUGAGUUUGUUGCUUUUCUGUCAUACAGCAGUGAUGAUUAUCAAUUUGUACAUGAUCACGUGAUAGACCAACUGAACGAGAACCUUCAAUUGAUCAUUGAGACAGAUCGAAGACUUUUGUGUACCGGAGACCAAGAUGUUCGCCUUGGAUUCAAUGUUCCUGAUGAAACAGUACUAUGCCUGAACAGAGUUUCCGUGGUCAAUAGUUCUUGUGUCAGAUACAUUUUGUCGGAAUCUUUACUGUAA